AUGACAGACUCUCCAUCAGCCGGAGACAAGGAGCUGCAUGCUCUUCGACCGCGGACCAUUCAUCAGCCACUUCACAAUGCUAUUCCUCCCGAACUACUCCCUCGUUUCGACCCGGUCUACGUGGAAUACUAUAACAAAUAUAAUGCCGGACGGCUACACACUCACGAGGUACCCAUCGAAGAUUUUCGAAAAAAUCCCGCAAAGUACGCCAUUGCCUAUGGUCGCGCAGCCGGCCCAGAUGUGUUCCGCAUCAUCGAGCAGAAAUGCCCCGUUAAGGGAGGAGAAAUCACUAUCCGGAUCUUUGAACCUGCUUCAGUGUCCGAUGACCAGGGCAAUGUAAAGAAAAGAGCAGCAUAUGUCAACUUCCAUGGAGGCGGCUGGGUGUUUGGUGACCUCUCCGUCGAUCAUGAUUUCUGCAAACGCCUCGUACAUGGCCUCGAUGGACAUUUGGUGGCUUUUGACGUGGAUUACCGACUGGCACCUGAGCACAAGUACCCAAUUCCUGUCGAGGAUUGCUGGGCAGCAUUCAACUGGAUUAGAUUGCAGAAAGCACACGAAUUCAAUAUCGAUCCGGAUCGAAUGGCAGUUGGUGGUGUCUCUGCAGGAGGGCACCUGUCGGCCGUUCUUGCGCAUCUCUGCCGUGAUGCCAACAUCCAAUUGCGCUUGCAACUAUUGACUGCGCCAGCCUGUGACUUGCACAGUGUCUUCACGCCGGACGGACACUUUGACCGUGAGAAUUGCCCAUACGAGUCAUACCGAGAAAUGGAGUUUACGGCGGCGCUCCCAGCAGCACGAAUGGCAUACUUCCAUAGGCACUUUCUUGGGAACCCUCGACCUCCCAGAUCCGAGGAGGACUGGAAAAUCUCUCCUAUGCUGGCUCCUAAUUUUAGAGAUUUAGCACCUGCUUUGGUGUAUACAGCAGAGAUGGACCCUCUUCGGGAUGAAGGCGAGGCUUAUGCUGCCAAAUUGAAGGAUGCCGGAGUUCGUGUGGACCUGAUCCGUGCUAUCGGAGCACCUCAUAUCUUUCCACUAUUGGAUGGAAUUUUGGAGUCGGGGAGGGCGUAUAACGAGAAAGUGAUAGCCACGCUGCGGAGGGAGCUUUUGGUGUAG